AUGUUUAAGUUUGACUUGAAGUAGGACAUGAUGAUUAGUUCUAGAUUGGAGGUAAAGCUAUAGACCAAAAGUGAAAAUGCCAGAAAGAAAUCUAGCAAAAAGGAUUAAAUUAUCAUGAUACAUAGUAAGCUAGCAGGACAAGGUCUCCCUUACUAAGAUUGGAAUGCAUUUUAAGAGAGAUUACAAGAUGCCGUAAGAUAAUACAGGCAAAUGAAAUAGAUAGCAAGUAUUUGA